AUGGCAUAUAGGAGAAGGCAUGCAUUAUGCAAAUCGGCGACGUUCAAGGAGGAGAUCGACCACUCACCUGUAGCUGCUGACAACGAUGACAACGUCAAAGCCAAAACAUUAACCCCUUCCCAUUCUUUCUCUGCUACAUCUAAGGGGUUUAAUGCCUUGGAAGAUUCAAGAAAUGAAUCCAAAGGGUUCUGGGGUGUUCUUGCUCGAAAAGCUAAAGCCAUUCUCGAGGAAGACGAUAACUUCUCCGAGCCUUACGAAAAUGAAACACCUCGCGGUGUGGGAUCGUCGCCUCUGUUGGAUGCCUCGACAACUUUCCAUGGCCAGAACCAACAGGCAACUGAGGGCCUUGGAAGAAUAGAAAGUCCUCGAAUACGAAGGGGCUCGGAUAAGCUCAACACUUCUCUUAAUCACAUUGGUGACACAUUUGAGAAGGUGUUUGAGGAUGGUCGAACCAUAGUGGGAAGUAAAACCCAUGAUAUCAUCCAAGAAACGCGCAAUCUUAAAAUCAGGCGGAAAGGGAGCAGUCCCAAGGCAGAAAAUCAGGUUCAUGGUCUGAAUAGCACAUUGCAGCAACCGACACAACUCCGGAUUCAAACCAACAAUCAAAACCAGAUCAAGGCAUCUCGCGACAUUACAUAUGAGACGAUUAAGAUAUCGGCUUCACAGGUUGCCAUGGCCACAGCAGCAAAAGCAAAACUGCUUCUCCGGGAGCUAAAAUCUGUUAAAGCAGAUUUGGCAUUCGCAAAGGAACGAUGUGCUCAACUAGAAGAGGAAAACAAGAUUCUUCGGGAGUGUAGGGAGAAAGGGGAUAAUCCUGCAGAUGAUGAUUUGAUUCGGUUCCAACUAGAGAGUCUGUUGGCAGAAAAGGGACGUUUGGCGCAUGAGAACUCGAUAUAUGCAAGAGAGAACCGGUUUCUAAGGGAAGUAGUGCAGUAUCACCAACUGAGCAUGCAGGACCUAAUGUACUUAGAUGAGGGAGUUGAACAAGUUACAGAAGUUGGAUAUCCCUUUAAUUUCCCUUACUCAAACAUGCUCUGUGAAUCCCCGACGUCGCUGUCCGAGGUGGCGGAGGUCAGCCCUCCAACUUUGGCAUCUACAAGUACAAAGGAGGGGAUCUUGAAUAUCACUAGUCCACCACUGGAAGCAGAUGAUGCGGCCAACUCAGCAACUGAUCCUAUCCCAUCUAAUCAUGGAAGAGAAACAACACCUUCGGUAUCUUCUGUCCUUAUUUAG